AUGGCGGGAGCUCCGGAGGAUUCGAUGCCCCCGUCUGCUUCAUCUCCGUCUUCCCACUCGUCCUGCAGCGGCUCCGAGCGGCGGGCGAGGCCUGGCUGCGGCGGUAGCGAUGAGUCGCGUGCUCGGAAACCGAGUGAGCCUACUGACGGUGGAAAGAACCAGGUUGCUGCUCAAACGCCCGCGUCUUCUUCCCCGGGUAUGGAAGGAAGCGCGGCACCGUCCGGAGUUUCCUGCUCUUCUUCACCUUUCGGCCGUCUCCCUUCCUCGCUUUCUUUCGCGUCUCAAGACAGUGUAGGCGCGGACUGCUUUCUGAAGCCAGAUCAACAGCAGCACUUCUUGCUUCAGGGGCGCCUUGUCGACGACACGAUCUCGCCGCGACCCCCGCGGUCCCUCUUUUCCCUUGUUUCGGGGGCGGGUACCGCGUCUUCCUUUCCGCAUGCGUCGGCGGCUGUCGCUGGGGUGUACGUAGAUUCCAGCGGCGCCCUCCACUCUCCUGACGGCGCGUUGACAGCCGACAGCUGCCGUGGUGCGGCCGAGACUGCAGGAUCGCCGCGUCAGGAGCAGAGCGGGUCUUCUUCGCUCUUCUUCUCUUCCCGCAUCGGCGCGUUCGGGUCGCUCUCUGCUGCGCCGACGGCCGGCGCCGGGAGGAGCCUCGGCCUCUCGCGCUCGGUGGAGAAAAUCAUCGAGAGCGGCGACGUAAAGAUGGCCGACAUCGAGCCCGAGCGGGCGGCAGACAUCUCAAAGGCGCUGCUUCUCCACAGACAGCACCACAUUCUUCUUCAAAGCGAAAACAUCCAGCGAACCCCGCUCACCGUUCAUCCGCUCUCGCCCUGCUGGAAGGUCCCCUCAACGGGCGUUUCAACUUCUCGAGAGCCGAGAGAGACCGAGCGGAGUGGAGACCCCGCGCGCGCAGCGGAAAGAGGCACGAGAACUCUCAACAUCAUUCGUGAGGUGUACGAGGAACACCACCCACCCUCGCUGCCUGAAGAGACGCGAAUCUCUGCUGGACAGGAAGGAGACACCGAGACGCAAGAGACACGAAAGACGACGCCCGAGGACAAGACCACAGAGGGAGGGAGCGGUGUGGGAGAGGCGCCCACGCGACAGAAGGACGCGAAAGGGGGAGCGACGCUGGCGGGCCCUCACGGCGAAGAGCGCGCCCUUGUGUCGGGACAUUCCCGCGCGGACCGGCACGGGAACGUGGCUGUCCCUUCCGAGUUGAAAGAGGAAGAGGAAGCACGACUUCUGGAUGAGAUCGAAGAACGGCUGACGCAGGAUGCAGAGGGAUACCUCGAAGGCGCAAAACUGGAGCUGGACGAUUUGCGGAUAAGUGCCGAAAGGGAGGUCCUGGCCCUCCAGUACAUCCCCUUCAAAGCGGAUCGCCUCCUCACGCUGCCGACGAGCUGCCGAGAGAGCCUCCUCGGCGUUUUCGUCUGCCUGUGUCUACAGCACAUUGAAAGCCUUAGCCCAGAGCUCCAGAGUCUCGUGGCAGAGUGGAGUUUGAUUUUCCUCCACACGCUCGCCUCUCCACAGGUUCUGAACGUCGAUGCGAGUGUCGAAAAAAGUCUGGUCCGACCUAUCAUUCUUCGGGACCAGCUUUUAAAGGAUGGACUCCAGACUUCGGACAUCGUCAGCCCCGCGCCGUUGGUGAAGGCGGUUGUGGAGGCAUGCGAGGCGAUGCAGCCCGAGGUGAAUUCGAUUUUCAACACACUUCACUCGGAGAUGUCCUGCUUCGCUCACCAAGGCUCACCGCAGGACUCCUCGACUGGGGCGUCUCGUUCUCCCGUGCCUGGCUCACCCUUCUCGAUGCGAACUGCAAUGCAUGCAGCUCCUCGCUUGGGGUCGCCCCCUUCGUUUGCUUCUCAGCAAACGGAAGGCGCCAGCGUCGACACACAGCGACGGCCCAAACGGCAAUUUGUCUCCUCGCCCCCCACGGCGCCGCAUGCGCAGUACGCGCGGGAGCGACAGGGGAUUGUUGACGUGUCCGACGAGGAAGAAUCGACGCCGCCGCGCGAAGCGGGCAGACACCGAGGCGACGAGGUACAAGCCGGGGCGCCGGGGCACUCGUCCGGGUGUACAUACACCUCUGGAGGGCGGGGGUCGGGAGCGAGCGCGGGUCCAUCUGGAGUGGAAACGGGCGACGAGCGGAGGCGAGAAGGCGCAGAGACUCCGCAAAGAGACGGCGAAGGGACACAGACGAGUUCUGAAGAGAAGGGACCGGUCACGAGCGAGCAGCGCCAGAGUCUCUUGGUUGCGGAGAGGAAGAAAGAAGAGCUGCAUGCGAGGCGGCGCCGGUACUCUGCCGAGGAAGACGAGCGAUCGGGACGUUUCCGCGCCCUGGCGGAAGACGAACGGCAGCGCCAGGCGGCGUACAGAGGAGGGCGUCUUGACGGACGCGAGCGGGAGCGAAGCGAGAGAGGAGAGAGCCAUGAAGAGAAAGGGAGAACGGACGCUGGACAAGACGGCGAGCCGCCCUUACCCUCGGAGAGGUUUUCGUCCCAAGACAAGAGAGAAGAAACGCCUUUCACGCCGUCUUCAUGCGCCGAUUUGCAGGGCGUCGUAUUCACCGCGAUCGCUGCGCAUCCUCUCUCGGAUGCGUCCUUGGCGUCUCCGUCCUCCCGUUCUCGAGACCUGCACACGUCGUGUCUACGCGUCUGUUUGGAGAAGAAGGAUGAGGACGAAGAGGACAGCCUCGUCGUCGCUGUCGGGUCCGUAGAGCGCGAAAGCCACGAAGGAAGCGGCGAGAGUUUGCCUUCCGAACAGGAACAGCUACUCCUGGACCCCGACUGCAUGCGGUCCAAUACGUUUCCACGCUACAAUUUCCCGUAUCCCUGCCGCGAGAAAAGACGCGGAACAGACCGACCCUUCACCCGCUGGGAGUCGAGACACGGCGGGGAUGACGCGUAUUUCGCCGCUGCCGACGAGGACGGCGCCUCCGCCCUCCUUCCUUCCUCGCCGCCUUCCGCACGCACGGUGCUCCUGCGGGAACUGACCACAGCGCUCGUCACCAGCGGCUCGUUCGACGCGCGUGUCCAGUUCAUGUUGCAGCUCUUUGCAGUCGAUCUGAUGCGCCUCAACCCGCUCGUUCUCAUCAGACUCGAACACCACCUCGCCGCCGACCUCCUGGACCUCCUCAGAGCCAGCACGAAGGAGGGAGCGAGGCAGAAGACGUGGCGGCGCCUGAAGAUCGCAGGCGCUGCCAUCGGGGGCGGAUUUCUGGUGGCGCUGACGGCGGGUCUGGCCGCCCCGGGAAUCGUCGCGGGGAUCGCCUCGCUCGGCGUAGGUGGUGCAAGCGUUUCGGCCUUCCUCGCCUCGGCCGGCGGGAUGGCAGCCAUCGUUUCGCUCUUUGGAGCUGGGGGCGCGGGGCUCACGGGCUGGAAGUACAGUCGGCGGAUUGCAAACAUCAAAGUCUUCGAGUUCGACAUGUUGAACGGGAAGACGCCGUCCAGUCUCGGAGUGACGGUCUGCGUCUCAGGCUACCUCCGGACCUUCGAUGACAUCUCGCUGCCGUGGAUUCAAGCGUGUCCGCACGCGUGCUCCGACCUCCUCUCCCUCAAGUGGGAGCCGACUAUCCUAAAAGCUCUCGGAGGCAUGGUUGUUCAAAUGCUUUCACAGGCCGUGGGGCAGCGCCCAGUCAGCUUGGUCGGAUACAGCAUGGGAGCUCGCGUGAUUUUCUACUGUCUCCAGACUCUUUGGAAACGCCGCAAGCUCCACGUCGUGUGCGACUGCGUCUUGAUCGGCCUGCCUGCCAGCCUCAACACGAAGCAGUGGGCCGCCGCCCGCGACGUCGUCAGUCGCAGACUCGUGAAUGUCUACUCUCGCGCAGACUGGCUUCUCGCCUUCCUCUACCGCUGGAUGGAGUGGGGACUGCAGGUAGCGGGGCUCGGGCCGGUGAAGAACGUUCAAGGCGUUGAGAACUACGACGUGACCGGCCUCGUAAAGAGCCACGCGCAGUACCCCGAGAAGAUGCCCGACAUUUUGACGUUCAUUGGCUUCGACUCGUAA